AUGGAGCCCGGCGGGGACCACCGGAGCCGGAGCGGCGGCGGCAGGGGCGGCCCCGGGCCAGCAUUGGCCUCGGCACGGGGCCGACGGCUGCCACCCGCCGGAUCGAGCGGCGGCGCGGAGCCAGACGAGGACGAAGGCGGGCAAGAUCUUCAGCUGGAAGGGGGUGCCUUGGGGUCCUGGGGGAGUGCCCCCCUGCCCUCCUCCAGGGCCAGGGGACCAGCAUCUUCAGGCAGGAAAUACUCAGACCACUGUGAGGCCCGGGCCUCCAGACCUGGAAAGAGCCGAAUCCCUGGCCGUGACCACCGGCGCUACUACCACGACCACUGGCGGCUGGAGUACCUGAUGGACUUCAACCCUGCGAGGCAUGGCAUGGUGUGCAUGGUGUGCGGCAGCUCCCUGGCCACCCUCAAGCUCAGCACCAUCAAGCGGCACAUCCGCCAAAAGCACCCCUACUCCCUGCAUUGGAGUCCCCGGGAGAAAGAAGUCAUCAGCAACAGCUGGGACGCCCACCUGGGGCUGGGGGCCUGUGGAGAGGCUGAGGGCCUGGGGGUCCAGGGGGCUGAGGAGGAGGAGGAGGAGGAAGAAGAGGAGGAGGAGGAGGGGGCCAGCCUCCCAGCUUGCCCGGCCAAGGGCCCAGGCAAAGCCUCAGCUGGUGGGGGCUGCCGGCGCCAGCGGCGAGGGGGCCCAGUGGCACCCCGGGCUCGGCGUCUGCGCCUCUCAGCUUCCCGGAGGGCCGGGGGCAGCAGGGGGCUGGGGGCCCGGCGCCUGGAGAGGAGGCUGAAGGAUUCCCUGCAGAACUGGUUCCGGGCCGAGUGCCUCAUGGACUAUGACCCGCGGGGGAACCGGCUGGUGUGCAUGGCCUGUGGCCGGGCACUGCCCAGCCUGCACCUGGACGACAUCCGUGCCCACGUGCUGGAGGUGCACCCCAGCUCUCUGGGGCUCAGCGGCCCCCAGCGCAGUGCCCUGCUGCAGGCCUGGGGUGGCCAGCCUGCGGUGCUGUCUGAGUUCACCCAGUCCCCAGCAGACGAUGACCUCGUCCCCCAGGACCUGACCAGAAAGAGCCGGGACUCGGCCCCCGCUGCUGGAGCCCCCUCCUCUCAGGAUCUCAGCCCCCCAGACGUAAAGGAAGAGGCUGGCUGGGUCCCUGAGAGGCCCGGGCCGGCAGAGGAGGAGGCGGAGGAGCUGGAGGAGGGCCAGGGCGAGAGGGUGGGGGUCCCGGGCGGGUCGCCACGGGGCCGCGACCACCGCCGCCACUACCAGGAGCGUUGGCGGCUGGAGUACCUCAUGGAGCUGGACGGCGGCCGGCGCGGCCUGGUGUGCAUGGUGUGCGGGGGUGCGCUGGCCUCGCUCAAGAUGAGCACCAUCAAGCGGCACAUCCGCCAGCGCCACCCGGGCUCCACCCGCCUCAGCGGGCCGGUCAAGGCCCUCAUCGCCCAGGAGUGGAGCGAGAAGGCCUCCCACCUGCUGGCCCUGGGGCUGCCCUGCCCCGAUCCCCCCCGGGGCCCUGCCGCCCCCAGCACAGCUGCGGCCUCCGAGGAGGGGGGAGGGGACGAGGAGGAGCCAGAGGAGGAGUGGUGGGGUGAGCUGGUGCGGGCCAGAGCAGGUGGAGAGGGAGAGCGGGUAGGGCUCCCAGCCAGGCAGGGAGAGAGGGUUGGGCGCUGCCUGGGUAGAACGGAGACUGGGGGUGCGGGGCCCGAGGGCAGAGGUCGGGCGGUCACGGAGGUGGGACGCGGGUCCCGGCCUGCUUCCCCCCACCAGCUCCAGCGCCACCCUUUGUUCCCUCUAGGCGACGUCCCGCUCUCCCCUGGGGCUCCGUCGGAGCGGCCCGCCGAGGAAGAGGAGGACGACGAGGACAGCCAGGAGCCGGGGGGACUCGUGUUGCCGCUGCCGCCGCCGCCGCCGCCUCCCCCGCCGCCGCCGCCCCGCAGCCGGGAGCAGCGACGGAACUACCAGCCGCGCUGGCGGGGCGAGUACCUGAUGGACUACGACGGCAGCCGGCGCGGCCUGGUGUGCAUGGUGUGCGGGGGCGCGCUGGCCACGCUCAAGGUGAGCACCAUCAAGCGGCACAUCCUGCAGGUGCACCCCUUCUCCAUGGACUUCACGCCCGAGGAGCGCCAGACCAUCCUGGAGGCCUACGAGGAGGCGGCGCUGCGCUGCUACGGCCACGAGGGCUUCGGGCCGCCCGCCCCUGCCCCGCGCGACAGCGGCGCGGACCUCAAGCCGGGCGCCGUGUGCCGGGCAUAGCUGACUCGCGGGCCGGGCGGGCCCUGCGGAGGCGGCC